AGAUGCAAAUCCCAAAUGUCUGUGAUUCAGAAAUGAUGGAGGACAAACUCACAAAAAAGCAAAGCGACCAGGGAAAAAAACAAGCUACUGGUACAAAGAGUAGGGUAAAGUCACAGGAACUGCAUGUGACAGGGGUGAAACUCGGAGCAGAGCAGAAUCCCACACAACAAAAGAGAAAAAAAGACUUAGCGUCUUUUCCAGAAAAAAUCACUGCAAAUUUAAAUAUCAAAUCUUUACAAGCGCAACCGAUAGAAGUAAAUACAGAAAACAAGCUGAGGAAUGACAGAACAGCAGAACUUGAAGACCAUAUUUUUCAAUUCCAGAAUUUCCAAUCUUUAAGAGGAACCAAAUUCCAAGCAAAUCAAGAUCUUCAUGAUCGCAAGAUUUUGGAAGAGAAAUUGAGGGGAUGUGAGGUUAUAGUGGAAGAAAGGACUGAAGAGUCGAGGAGCUUGAGGAAAAAGCUCAGUGAAAUGGAACGGUCAUAUCAGCAAGUACAUUUUGAUUAUGAUGCCCUGAAAGACAAACUGGCCUCUGUGAGGGAACUGGAGUCACUUGAUUCUCACAGCAGUGAGGAGGAGACUGAAGGUAAUGGUGGCACUGCCAAACCAGAGCUACUUCAAAGAGUCAAGAAUCUAGAAGGACUUUUAAGGAUUAAAGAAAUGAGUGAAAAGGAACUGAUAGAAGCAUCAAAAGAACUGGAAAGCCAGCUUUUGCAGAAGAAGGAGAACGAGAGGCUGCUUAACCUGCGUUGUGCCAAAUUGGACCAGUUAACAAAGCAGAAGGAAGACAUUGAAAUGAAACUGGAGGAGAGGUACAGUCAAGUGGAGAAGAUGCAAAAAGAGAGGGAAGAUUUGGAGGAAGAGAACCAAGAACAAAUGAAGAUGCUCCUCGAUGAGAUCAAGGAGAGGGAUGAAGCUUAUGCCCAGCUUGAGAUGAUUAAUAAAGACUUGUCGAGGAAGACAAGGGAAAUGGAAGAAACCAGAAACUGUCUUGAAGCUAAGAUUGACCAAUUAAAGAUUGACUUGGAGGAGGGUAUACAUAGAGAAGUGAAAAUAAAAAAGCAAUUUUCAGAUCUAGAGCAAACUGUCCGAGAUUGGGAACACUUUGAGCAACAAUUAAGGGAGCAGUUUAAAAGAGUAGAGGGUAAGCUAAAUACUAAAAUUAAGAGGCUUCGCAAACGGCUUGAGGAGAAAGGCGAAACUUUAGAAAGAAGCAUGCAGGCGAUUGAAGAACUCAAGAAGAGUGGCAAGGAUGCAGAACACCUGCUUCAUGAAAGCCAAAAGAUUCCUCCAGAGAUUCUCAAGGAGAAGAUGAAACUUGAGGAAGAGCUAAGCAGGAUGACAGAGGCUGAACUGGUCAAGGCAGGAUCCAUUGUAAAGAUGACCAGCAGGUUUGAAAUGGAAUUGAGCGAAAAAAGCAGAGAAUUGGAAAAACUUACAGAUGAGAUUGAAAGUCGGAACGAAGAGAUUGGUGAACUGCAAGAGCAACUUAGACAACGUAAAGAGUCUGAAAGGAAGCUCCUGGAGAGGAACAAGAUGAUGGAAGAGUUACUGCAAGAUAUGCAGGAAGGCGAGUCUAAGGUCCUACAGGACAAGAUAGCUCGAAUGGAAAAGCUGCUGACAAUGAAAGAAGAGACCGAGGAGAAACUGCAAGUGAGAAUUGUCAAGCAGGUGUCUUUGCUGAAAGAGAUGGCAGAGACUCAGAGAAGGCUGGCAGAGCGUAAUGAAGAGCUAGGUCUCAAGCAGCGUCGACUGAGCGAGGAGCUACACCAAUGGAAAGUCAAGGGCUGUGACCUUGAGAAAAGCGAACGGGAAAUGAGAAAUGAACUACAAUGUCAGAAAGACAGGAUAAAUGAGUUGGAAGCAGCCAAAAGCAACCUCGAGGUGCAACUUGAAAAUAAAUCUCAUGAAUUUGAUGAACUUGACUUCUCGCAGAAGGAAGAAAAACAUUUAAUGGCAGAACUUAACAAGAAGAUCGAAGAGCUAGUGUUUAAAGAAUCCGUUUGCCAGGCAGGAAAUGCAAGCCUAGAAACCCAUUUGAAGAAGAGAACAAAAGAGUUGGAGGCUUAUGAGGAAAGCAACAAGCACCUGAGGAAACAACUCGAGGAAAUACUGGACGGCAGAGAGCGUGAAGUGAAAAAAGUCAAAACCGCCAGUGAACAAGAGAGGAGAGUGUUGGAAACUCACCUGUCGCAGAAAUCUCAGUUGAUCACAUCUUUAGAGACAAUGAUUCAAGAGGAGCGGCAUCUCUCUGCUUCAUUAAAGCACGAGUUGCAAAACAAAGAGACAGCUGUAAAGAAGUGGCAAGAAAAGUGGUUAGAGUUGCAGACAAGGAUUCAGGGUUUCAAAAAGGACCUGGAGGAGGCAAAGAGUGAACGGGCAAGCCAGGCAACUCAGAGCGAGCUUGACACCCUGAGGCAGAGGCUGGAUGAGUGCGUGCAGUCUGAGAGAACGCUGAAAAAAACUAUCAGCAACUUCAUAAAAGCAGAGGCUGCUUUACAAAACAGAAUUCAAGACUUGGAGAGGUCUGAGAAGCAGCUAUUGAGUAAAAUAGAUGAGCUGAAUUCCAAGUCCCUACAGCCAGAGAUCAGCGAGCCCCAUCUGGCAGGAAAGCUCCGAGGUCUGCAGGUUUCAGAGCGAACUCUGACAGCUGUGCUUACAGAACAGGAGAGAGCAGAUGUGGUGGUGAGGAGGAAUCGGUGGCAUUCAGAGAACCAGCUGAGGAUGAAAGAGGAGGAGGUGAAGAAGCAGUACGAGUACUUUGAACAUCACAAACAGAAGCAGCGACAGCAGCUGGCAGAGCUGAGGGAACGCGAGCACUGGCUGCAGAACCGGGUUUACGAGCUGGAGCGAGGAAUGAUCGAGGGCAAAGCCACCCAUGCUGUGCUGAGAACUGAGCUGCAAAAGGCCACAGUAAAGGCCGCAGAGCAGGAGCAAGCGAGCUCCCCGUGGGGAGGUGCCUCAGUGCCCGCCACUGAACUCCCUGAGGAAGGAAACUUUCCGAUGGAUGGAGUGGACGACGUCAAGAACCACAUUGAGAUGCUUGAGCAAGACCUGAAGAAGCUGCUGGAGAGGGAAGAGGCCGGUAACCAGGAGAAGGAGCAGCUCCGCCACAGCUUCCAGCAGGUGGAGGACAACGAGGACUUCCUCGGCCACAAGCUGGAGGACUUGCGCUCGUGGGUCCACCAGCUGAAGCUGUCGGAGGGCAGCCUACAAGAAAAGGUGGAGGAUCUGGAGAGGGAGAGACGCAAGCUCACAGCAGAGCUGGAAGACAAACAGGAGAGGGAAGAAUACCUGAGGGAAGUGCUGGAAGAGAAUGAAAAAUUGAAACUUUUAGUGGAGGAGAGGUGCCAACCAUUUGAAAGCGCACUGAACGAGAGUGAAUUACACUUCAGGACAGGUGAAGUACAGCUAGAUCAAGAGAUUGCUCAGAAGGAAUCUUCAAAGCAUAAGCAGCUGAGCAGCCUCUGUAGUGCAAUCUUUCACCAUGUGGUGAGCUCACAUUCUGGCCAAUGCACAACAGAGGAGCAGAGCUCUCCCAGCAGAUACAGAGACUUGAAGAACUCUUUGAGCCACUUACGAUCUCAGCUCCAGAACGGGGAUAUCUUGUUUCGAGAAGAGUUGCUGAGGGACAAAUGGACAUCUCUGCUGGAUCCAUCUCGUAACAAGGCGAUUCAGACACCCUCCAUAGGGCAGUGUGUUCAAGAGGCCAUGAUCAUUGCAAAGUUGGCUUCGGAAUGUAUUUACGAUUACCCGAAAUUCUCAGAGGCUAUCAAGGAAGGUCGUCUUACACCACUGCUGGAAUCACAUUCCUCUCCAUUGGCAGAGAUGAUGCAGGCUCUUAGAUGCGGUGAUGUGGAGCAGGUCAGAGUUGUCCUUAAAAGACCUGGGACUCAAAAAGAGCUGUCCAGAUUGUUGGACCUUGAAAGAGAACAAUUAGCAAGGGAGGAUAACUCUUCAUCCAUGGCUGAAAAACUGGGUACUAGUGAGAUAGAGCAGGAGAAUACGAAGUAUGGAGAUGACAUAAUUAACCCCAAUGAAAUAACACGUCAUGCUGUUGUUACAAUGGAUCCCAAUUCCAGUCAACCACAGGCUGCUGUACUGGAGCUUGCCAAUCAGAAAGUCCCUGGCGCAAAGUCAAGCAGCACAUCUCUACACACGUAUAGCAGUUGUGACAAUAGUGAGCCUGAUGGUCACGCUUUGUCAAGGUCACAGCUCAACAUGCAAAGAGAAUCCUCCAGCACAGAGGUCAUGGCAUUCAAAGGCACCAUCACCACACUUGAAGCUGAAAUACAAAAGCUGCAGACAGAGAAAGCAGAGCUGGACCAACAUUUGCAAGGCAAAAACAGCCUGCUACUCAAGACAACUGCAGAAAGAAGUGAACUGGAGAAAAAACUGUGCGCUACAGAAAGUCAAGUCACAAUUUGUCUGAGAAACUUGAUGCGGUGA